AUGGGCCCCUGUACCGCCUCCUCAUGCUGCUGCCAGGCCCGUAAUCUGCCAUGGGCCCCCGUACCGACUCCUCAUGCUGCUGCCAGGCCCGUAAUCUGUCAUGGGCCCCUGUACCGCCUCCUCAUGCUGCUGCCAGGUCCAGAGUGUGUCAUGGGUCCCUGUACGGCCUCCCAUUGCUGCUGUCUCCAUCGCCACACUCUGCCAUGUGCCACUUUCAGGUCUCCUCACACUGUUGGUGGGUUCCAUUUUGUCAUAGGGUGCUGUAUGGCCUCCCAUUGCUGCUGCCUCCACCGCCACACUGUGGCUCCACACUCUGGUUUUGGCCCCGUGACUGCCCAAAUGAGUGAAGUGUGCGGUGAUUCUAAGAUCGACGGCACUCAUCUGCAUGUCAUACUGACUGACAGUAUUAUUUCUCUUCCCCAGCAGACUCCAAGGGCAUUUAAAUUAAAGGUACAGUGUUCUGCACUAAUAUAA